AUGACCAUUGAGAUGUUCCCUAAUGCCAAACUUCUCAGCAAGCAAUGUCCUGAGAAUCCAACUCCAUUCAACAGCCAAGACCAGUGCUUGACACAUGACCAGGUCAUGAAGUCCAUUUCUGAGGCUCACUCAUCAGAGAUCAAUAAACUAUGUAGUGUUGCGGAAAUACAGAACAUGCUUGAAGUGUCAGCAACAAAUCCAAAGUACAAGACUUUUCCACCAGUCCUGUUUCUUGGAAUGCAAGAAGACCUGUCCUUGAAGACUGUGUUCAGAAACUGGAAGCUUUUGGCUAAGAUUCUGAAAGCCACACUACAUGGCAUUACUUCACUUCACCAAGAGACAACUGGUGGACCAAAGACAAAUGCCCAGAAGUGGAACUUCAAACACAUCAUGUCAGGAUCUAUUGCAUGGGCUGCCAUCAUCUCAAUACUAUUAUCAUAG